AUGGACCGUCCCAGCAAGGCCAUUACCGGCGCCGUGGUGGCGGUGUACAUUGCCGGCGAGGCGGGCGGUGCGAUUUUGCAGUCGCUGAUAGGGGAUCGGCUGGGACGCAUUCGGUUUAUGCAACUUAUGUGUGUUAUUGUGACGGUGGGGACGGCGGUGCAGACCGCAAGUGUCAAUAUGGGAAUGUUUCUGGCUGGGCGCGUUCUCGCGGGUUUUGCGGUCGGGGGCUUGGUCUCCACGGUGCCGAUCUAUCUCAGUAUUUCUUUCGGCACCAUGAUGUCCAACUGGGUGGGUUUCGCCUGCAGCUAUGCCCCCUACGGCGCAAACCAGUGGCGUCUCCCCCUGGGCGUCCAGAUCCCCUGGGGAAUCAUCCUGUUCGCCGGCCUCGCAACUUUCAUGCCCAACUCCCCCCGCCAGCUCAUCCAGCAGGGCAACGUCGACCUCGCACGCAAAGAGUUCCUCCGCAUCCACCGCUCCCUCUCGCCGCACGACGCCCACGAGGAAUUCGCCCUCAUGCACGCCCAAAUCGCGUACGGGAUGGACCGCGAAAUCACCUCCUACCGCCAGGUCUUCCGCCUCUUCCGCCACCGCGCACUCGUCUCCAUCGCCGUCCAAACAAUGACCAGCCUAACAGGAGAUACGUGCCCUCCCCGUCCUCCCCUUCCUCACCCCUAA